CGGCUACCGGUCACCGCAGAACAACCGUAUCUAGCCAUGCUCAGCUCACGACCUAUCCCUAUCAACGCAGACAUAGAUGCACCACACUCUAUCCUCAACGCUAAGACUCCCGGUCGCAAGUUCAAGGGCCGCAAUGCCCUACAAGAGAACGCCAUCUACAGCGGCUCCAAGACCGUCCUUUCAAAGAAGAGUCAUAUCCAGACUCCCUUCCGCCCUGGUACAGCCCAUGGCAAGAAGCCACUCGUCUCUGUAUCCGUCACCCGUCCGCUCACGGACAAGACUCCCUUCCCUAACCGCGUCCUCGCUGCAAACUACUUUGGCGGUGCAGGGCCAGCGGGGAAGACUCCCGGCCUCAAGCUCUCCAAGCUCGCGCUCCUUGCCCCAGAGCCACAGCAGGGCUCCGCCGACGUAGCCCCUUUGCUUCGCCCCUCGAGCGCAAGGAAGAGUUUGAGAGGCCGUUUGAGUGGUGGGAACUUCAAGACCCCGCUGACCAAGGGCAACUACUGGGAUGUCAGCCCGGGCGAUAUGGAGGGAAUCGCGGGCGUUGUGCAGGAGGGGAAGCAGGAGACCGAGGCCGCUGUGAAUGAGGACGAAGACGAGAUCGAGUACAUGCCUCCUCCCGCUGUCGAGCUAUCCUAUGAACCACCGUUUGAGCUGCCCGACUACAAGACGAUAGGCCGCGGCUUAUUCAAUCUCGGGCAUGGUGGUCUCAUGGACGACACUGCGGAUGUGUUCUACGCAGCCGAAAUUGAACAACAAAUCGACGUCACGCGGCUCCUCGCCGAUACAGGCUUCAAACCAGAUUCAUUCGACGCCGGUUUGGAACUGCCCGAACUCGAGGAUGACAGUUCCUUCGCGCGCACUUCCACCAAACCCUCCCCCUCGCCAUCAUCAUCCGCACAACCUACAAGAUCCGCGAUCCCACUCCCGCGCGCACCUUCCACUCGCGCCGCCGCUUCCUCGUCCUCUUCACGCACACAGCCCUCCGCCCCUCCCAGACCAGCAACAGCGAUUCCAGGACCCUCAUCACGCCCACAAACCCGUGCUGUGUCCUCAUCGUCGUCGCGCAUCGCUCUGCCCGUCCCAGGACAGACACGCACAUCCGCACUCCGCGCGGCCAAAGCGGCGUCGACAAGCGUCGCCAGCACCACACCGAACCCUGUGCGCCCCGCUGCAGCUCGUCCCGCGGCGAUGGGGGUGAGGAGGCCCAUUGCGAGCGCGUCGAAUACGACAGUGGCGGCGCAGGGGAGACCGAUCGUCCGGUCGGCCACAACGGGGGCUGUCGCUGCGAAGGAUGCAGGUGCUGGGCGGACGCGGUUGGCGACUGUAGUGGGGAAGGCGACCUUGAAGGCUGGAUCUUCGACCGCGGGCGGGAAUGCGAGGCGUCCGGGGAAUGUAGCGGAGGAGGAUGGAGACGCGCUCGCGGCAAUGUUGGAAAGAGAGCAUGCGGGUGGCGGUGUGGAGGACUUUGUUUUCGACGUCUGAGCGUUCGCUGCCGAGGGAGGCCCCGAAAGCUGAUUGUAUGCUGUCUAAUGCGCGUGCUCGUUUUGAUUUGUGUGUCGACUCUUGUUUUGUGGGCCGAUUACGACUGCGGCGUCAUUGUAUGAUAUCCUU